AUGGUUCCUGCUCAUACAGUACCAGUAAUCGAUCCUCGUAACUUCCGUUCAUUUUGUUUCCGAGGCGAAGGUCGUGCGAACUUCGUCAUUAGUGCUAAAUGUGAGAAGACUGGCUUAAGGAUUGCAUGGAGGUUGGCUAAGAAACGCAAAUCAGGGAAUGUUUCGGUAAAACCAAAAUGUCAGGUGGUCAUCGCGUAUGUCGAAAAGUUAAUAGCAUCUUUCCUCGGUCGAAAUUUUUUGGUUCAGCCAGAAGUUGUCAAUAUUUCUGCCGAUUCCCUUCACCAUCUUGCCAAAAUUCCUUCGCUACCUUUCAAUCUGAAAAUUGAAACCUUUGAUGAACUUUGUGACUCUGAGAAAUACUCUGCAACAACUAGCUACUUUCCUCUAUGUUACUCAAAAGGAGUUCGCUAUGUGGCCAUUUUGCAAAUGGUGGAUGCAACUAGAAUUCUAAAGUGUCUGUCACCAGAAUAUUUUGGGCCAACGAUUACAGUGGAAAUUAAACCUAAACAAGGUUUUUUCCAGAAUCAUCCGGGUAUCAGUGUUCCGUAUUGCAACAACUGUAUUUUACAGAUGGAGAAAUAUCAUGCAAAGGCUUUUGAUGAAAUGUAUGAUUAUUGUCCAUUGGAUCUAUUCAGUGGUGACUUCAAGCGAAUGCUCAGAGCCUUGAAAGCAUUAUUUAUGGUACCCCAUCGUAAUUUGCGAAUUUUCCUUGAUGGUAGUUUAAUACACUCUGAAGAAAAUGUACUGAAUAUUGAGCAACUGUGUGAAACGCUUUUUUGUGAUGGUUCUAUCUCCGUUGAACAUUUAAUUAAAGCUCUUUGUUGUAUUCUGGUAGAUGCGCCAUCUGAUGAUUCGUUCUCAGUGCAUGAUUCAAGUGUUCUGAUGAAGUUACUGAAAGGGCAAAAGGUUGAUACUGUUGGUGUUGUGCGUGCAUAUCAGAUUUAUACCAGUCUUCCUGAAGUAGUACAAAAGGAGAUGAUGGAUAAAUGCUUACUGCCAAAAAAAGGUCUUUCAUUUCUGCGGCAGAAUACCGAUCGUUCUCUUGUUGAACGUUUUCUUUUGGCUGCAACUAUGAAGGAUUGCUCGUUGAUGAUUAGUUUACGACUAGUUGAUCCGAUGGCAUUUGCUUCUCAAAGUGUGCAGUCAUCACGACAACAAAUUGUGCGAAUCGCUGGUUCAUCUGAAGCUGAGUAUACACAUUUUGCUUACUCAGUGAAAAUUGUGGAUCUUGAUCCGAAGACAUCUAAAAGUUUGUUAAGUGGUUAUACUCGUUAUAUGGAUGGUUUAAAGGUUGUGGAACAGAUGUCCAGUUUACGUAGACCGUGUUCACUAUAA